AUGGAUAGGCAGAUCCCCUCUUCCUCCAAAGUCCCACAGAGCAACAGAGCCUCUUCCCAAGAUCCGCGAUUCUCAGAUACCAAGUCGGUCAGCACAACCCACCCUGAAACCAAGUCGAAAACCGCAAAGGAAAUCACCAAUAUCAAGCAGUACGUGGCUUCCGCUUCGCCAGUCAGCAACCCUAACACUGCGGGCCCCAAUUACUCCCCCAUCGCUGGUCCAGCAAAACUGAAGACCGACUUCUACGGCUCAUACUCCGGGACUCCUCCUCCGGAUCACCUUGCCGCCCUCAAAUCCAACCAAAGACGCCCCCAUCCUCCGGAUCACCUUGCCGCCCUCAAAUCCAACCAAAGACGCCCCCAUCCUCCGGAUCACCUCGCCGCCCUCAAAUCCAACCAAAGACGCCCCGAUCCUCGAAACCAGGAUCCAAGUCGGAGUAGAAGUGAAGACCAAGCUCAAGAAGAUGGUGACUCCAGUCCACGACAAACCUCCUAUCCAGCUCUCGACGACGAACACGCUACAAUCGAAGACUUCGGUUUCCUGCCCACCAUCACGCCCGCUAUCAAAAAGAGGCUGGCAGGGGGCUGGACCGGUUUCGAGGAGGUGAAAGAGAUGGAUGAUGGGAUUGACUUUUCCAAGCCCGAGGUUGGUGGUAGAAGGCAUGAAGCUGUCGCGAGAACUAGACCACCGAAGGGCAAUUAG